AUGUCAGCACUUGCAAACUUACCAUUCUCUUUUCCCGCUGGGCUGACAUCGCCUCAGCCCUUUAAUAUCUCUGUCAAUAAAGACUUCAUCCAACACACUCAAGCCAAAGUCCAAACAUGGCAUUCACCUGUUAGUCUGUGGUCUAACUGGACUAUCGAAGGCCCCGACACAGAUAAAAUCGAUGAUGUUGCCCAAUAUUGGGCCAACGAGUAUGAUUGGUUUUCUGUCCAGGAUCGACUCAAUAACGAGGGCCAUCAUUAUGCAACUUCAAUCUCGAGCGACGGGAAUUACACAGCCCCUGUUCCACUCCAUUUUGUCCACCGGGAGUCCACUCAACCUGAUGCUGUCCCUCUCCUUCUACUUCAUGGAUGGCCCUCAACUCAUCUGGAGUGGUCCAAAGUCAUCGAACCUCUUGUUACUGGCGCUGACACACCGUUCCACAUUGUCGCUCCUGAUCUGCCGGGCUUUGGCUUCAGUCCUGCUCCUACACAGCCAGGACUCAACCCUCGCGAGAACGGACGGGUCAUGGAUGGUCUCAUGAAGCAGCUCGGCUACUCUAAAUACGGUAUCGUCAGCACUGACUUGGGUUGGCAAGUUGCCAUGUGGAUGGUCGGAGACGCUGAGUCAAGCAUCAUCGGACACAUUACAGAUUUCUUCCCCGCCCAACCAACCGAAGAUGACUUGGAACGCCUUGCACGGCACGCGACUACUGAAGAGGAGACAGCUUAUAUCUUGUCUUCAAACGUGUGGUAUUCUUCUCACUCUGCGUAUUCAACUGUCCACACACAAAAACCUUUGGCCGCAGCCCUGGCAUUUGGAGAUAGUCCAGUCGGCUUUCUCGGUUGGGUGUGGGAUCUGAUGUAUGCGGUAUCAGAUGGCUACAAGUAUACUUACGAAGAACUAAUCACCGAUGCGAUGAUGCUGUUCAUUCCUGGCCCGUACAGUAACAUUCGCGCUUACCUUGAGGCAUAUAGCCCAGGCAUGAUGACCUUCCCGAAAAGCAAGGUUCCCACUGGUGUAUCGGAAUGGGCCUUUACGAAUGGGCCAUUCCCUGAUAUUAUCGCUUCAGCUCUGUCGCCGCGAAGCUGGAUUGAGAGAACGUCGAAUGUUGUCUACUUCAACAGACAUGACUUUGGAGGUCACUUUCCUGCAGUAUCGCAGCCAAAAGAGUGGCUGGAGGACGUUCGCAAAUUCUUUUCCGGACUUGAAUGA